AUGUCUGCAAAAACAAUAAAAUCACCUAGUCACAAAUGUUUUCCCACUACUAGAGGGCAUGAAAUAAAAAUUAUAUCCAAAAUAGAUUGUUUUAUCACUACAAAUACUAAAAUGACAUAAGUAUUCAAUUAUAAGGGUUAUUAGGUAAUAGAGUUGUAAACAAUAAGGAGAGCAUCAUAAAGAUUUAAAUUAAAAUAAAACUGUUUCAAUAAAAGCUCAAAAAAAAAAUUCUUAAAAUUCAGAUAAAGAAGCUCUCAUCAGUUAGUUGUUAUUAAAAAACCUAAAAUUAAAAGAAGAAGGUGAUAAAAAAAAUAAACUCAUAGAAAUGCUUAUUGAUGAUAGAACUGAAAUCAAAAGAGUUACAAGUCUGCAUCUUCCUUAAGAAAAAGAUAAUUAAUAAUCAAAAGCAAAUUUUAGGUUAUUAAGUCCUAACCAUUUGGAAUUCACUUUUUAUAAAAGUCCAAGUAAAGGUUUACCAAAAGAAUUUUAAAUAACUCCCUCUAAGAAAAUGUUCUUCUGA